GAAGCCGUUUGCUCCCCCGCGCGCGUCGCGCCAUCAACUGUGGAACUGUCGCCAUUGACGAUAUUAGCUUUACGGUACCCGUAGUUCGUCGAAUGCGUGCCUUAGUAGAACUCGCCGUGUUCCUUUUUGUCAUCAAACCCUGACUGUGAGUCGCGUGCAAUAGAGCGACGUCCCGCCCGGUUGAAGCUAAGAUUACCGCAGCGGCCCGAUUUGAAAAGUGUUCCUGUAAUCAAGUGUUGCCAGCGAGUGAGUGGAAAAACCCUGCGAGAUGUCGAAGAGGGUCCGAUGUGCUCCAUCGUCGCACGUGGAAAGUUUCCAUGCAAAGCGGUCGUACCGAUGUCCGUCAUUCGUUCCUUUGGAACUCGUCGGACGGCGACUGCGAUUUGCUGAUUCCGUAUUUUCUUUUCCCUCUCGCUACUUGUCGGUUGCUCGUCUUCUUUUGGUUGCCGCUGGCGUGUCAGUCGAAUUCGGCGAAGUCUCCCUCUGCGCGCGGACCAAAGCGGUUCCUCCAACGCGUCGGCGGCCGAAGCAGCCUUUUUGGGUCCCGAUGUCUUACUUUGAAGGCGGCGUGGCGGAACUUCCCGUGGGUAGCGGACACGAGCCCGGUCCGCACGUCGGCGUUAGCGCGCGCGCUCCCGAGGGCAAACUGCGGCGGCGCGGCCCGAGAUGGCAGCAGGACGCCAUGGCCGCUGAGCACAAAGCGAGCCGCGCGGACGGCGACGCCGCCGGGAGCCGCGGCAUGACUCGGGCGUCGGCGGCCGCGAGCCUGGCCCUGAGCGCGCUCUCGCUGCUGCUGCUGGUGACGGCCAUCGGUACCGACCACUGGUACGAGACGGACACGCGCCGCCACCGGGACAACUGCGAGCGGCAGGGCGCCGACUCCAACGCGCAGCAGAACCGGGACAUGCCCAUCUACCACCUGCCGCUGCUCGACACGGGCGGCGGCGGCGGCGGGCGCGCGCGCGACGUCGCGCUCCUGAAGCCCGUGCACGUGGGCAGCCGCGAGGACGAGCUCCUGGAGAACUGGCGCGCCAUCCUGGGCAUGGGCAUCCUGGAGACCGAGUGCGGCCGGCCGCUCUUCUCCACGCACGCCGGACUCUGGAGGAAGUGCUACUUCGGCGGACUGGACCCGGACAUCGACAAGCUCGUCGACAGAGGUAUUGCAGAGCGCUGCACAGCAGUCAAGUAUCAUUUCUCACAGCCAAUCAGGUUAAGGAACAUCCCUCUGAACCUGACCAGGAGCAUCCAGCAGGACGAGUGGCAUCUGCUGCACCUGCGCCGCAUCACGGCCGGCUUCCUGGGCAUGGCCGCCGCCGUCCUGCUGUGCGGGAGCGUCGUCACCGGCGUCGGAUUCUUCUGGGAGGGAAGCCUCACGCGACACGUGGCCGGACUGCUCUUCCUCAUGGCGGGAACCUUCUGCGGCAUUUCGCUGUGCACGUACGCGGCCAGCGUGACCUACGACCUUUCCAGGAAGCCGCCCUUCAUCUACGGCCUCCCCGCCGACGUGGACCACGGCUUCGGCUGGUCCGCGGGUCUGGCGGGUGCCGGUCUGGCGCUCAGCGUGGCGUCCGGGUGCCUGGGCGCCGCCUUCCCGCUGCUCGGCCGAAGCGCGGGACCCCCGCGCCGCGAGGCGGGCCCCCGCCCCUCGGCUGUCUGAGGGUGAAAGCGAUGCUGGUUUGACCUGUACGGUUGCCGUGGUAACUGUUCUUUCUUCAACUGUAAAUAAUGUCAGCGGGAGUCAUGUGACACGUGCUGAAUUCUAAUAAUCGUCGUAAUAUUGCAGCGAAGCCCCGUGUAUUGCGGCCGAUGCCUUCCAAAUUCCGCAAUGUGGAAGAAAAAACAACUUUGAAGUUUGACUAUAAAAUUGACAAAUAAAACAAAAGAGAAACAAAUGCUCAACCAAACCA